CAGGGUUUGGAUGAUGGACCUUGUGAUUGCUGGAUUGUGAGGCUUCCCACGAAGUAUAGGCUACACGUCAAACACGUUAGGAUAUUUGAGGGAGAGUUGGGAAAUAUCACCUGAACAACUACGGUAUAUCCUUACAGAAUAAAGAAGAGGAGGAGGAAAAGAUCUUAUUCCUAGACAACAAAGAGCCAAUUCGUAUGUCACAUCUAGGGUUACUGUCGGUUGUCCUGGAGUCCCUUCUCAGAUCAUCUCAUCGUAGGAUUCUAAAGUCCAUGUGACUUUCAACUUUGUUCCUGGCGCUAUAGAAUGCGAACUGGCUCCUUCCUGCCCCGACUGGAGAGCUGUUUCUGUGCGCUACCAAAUGUGCGCUACCAGCGGAAAACCUUUCAAGAGUUGUUUUUUUGCUAGUGUGCUAAAAAAACUGAUACACUCCUGAACCACUGUUGAGAGAAGCAGGUGAUUUUUGCCAACCAUGUCACUGGGUGAAUGGGUGUCACAGCUCUCCGACCCUCUGGGCCUUUGUUACUAGUCCCCCUGGGGAUUGCUGAUCUGCAACGUUAAUGUUGAGUGUGCUGUGUUUCAAGGUGUUAAGGAAAAUGCAGAGACGGCACAGCAGCAACACUGAUAGCCUUCCUCCGGAAAGAAGCCGGAGUCAAACUGUCAGUUCUGAGACCAGCGUGGAUGAAGGUGGAGUUUUCGAAGGUUUGAAGGCCGAAACUCCCUCACCGCAGCAGCUUUUCUCAGGGCUGGCAGGCAUCCCAUCUGGAACCAUCCCAACUACCCCGUUCCAGUCAGGUUUGGUCCUGGGUUCCUCAGCAGGAGGCGGGGAUGUGUUCAUUCAGAUGCCAGCCCCAAGGGAAGAAGGGGCCAGCCGAACAGAAGGAGCUCCGUUCCACCACCGGCAGCAGCCCCAUCACUAUCACCAUGGCCACCAUCGGGGAUCCUCUUUGCUGCACAUGGCUAGUGGAGACCGCCACGGACACGCAGAAGACAAUCCCGAGGACCAGCCUGGGACUCCUGCGCCUGCCCUCUCGGAGCUGAAGGCUGUGAUCUGCUGGCUCCAGAAGGGGCUUCCCUUCAUCCUGAUACUCCUGGCUAAAGUUUGUUUCCAGCAUAAGCUUGGGAUUGCUGUGUGCAUUGGUCUGGCCAGCACAUUUGCAUAUGCUAAUUCAACUCUCCGAGAACAGGUCUCUUUGAAGGAGAAGAGGUCGGUGCUGAUUGUCUUCUGGAUCCUGGCUUUCCUCCUGGGGAAUACCUUAUACUUGCUUUACACUUUCAGCUCCCAGCAGCUAUACAACAGCCUGAUAUUUCUGAAACCCAACCUGGAGAGUCUGGAUUUCUUUGACCUGAUGUGGACUGUGGGGAUCACGGACUUCGUACUGAAGUAUCUCACCAUCUCUUUGAAAUGCCUGGUCGUUGCCCUGCCUAAAAUCAUUCUGGCUGUCAAGUCAAAGGGGAAGUUUUAUUUGGUUAUUGAAGAGCUGAGCCAGCUGUUCCGCUCGCUUGUCCCCAUCCAGUUGUGGUACAAAUACAUCAUGGGGGAUGAUCCAUCCAGCAGCUAUUUCCUAGGAGGGAUCCUGAUCAUACUGUAUAGUCUCUGCAAGUCUUUUGACAUCUGUGGCCGUGUGGGGAGUGUCCGGAAGGCACUGAAGGUCCUUUGCACCCCUCAGACCUAUGGAGUCCGUGCAACCAGCCAGCAGUGCAGUGAGGCUGGAGACAUCUGUGCUAUUUGCCAAGUGGAGUUCAGGGAACCUUUGAUCCUUAUGUGCCAGCAUGUGUUUUGUGAAGAGUGCCUCUGCCUGUGGUUUGACAGGGAGAAGACCUGUCCUCUUUGUCGGUCCAUCGCAGUGGAGACUCUGCGCUGUUGGAAGGAUGGCACUACCUCAGCUCACUUCCAGGUUUAUUAACCCCAACACGUACCAGGAUCAGGAUGACCUGUGAGCAGACAGAAGAAAAAGCUGGGAAACUCCUUGCUUCCAAGUAUUUAGUGGGUUGUUGUCUUGGUCUUUCACACAGCUCUCUCUCUCCAUCCAACCGGGGGAGCAGGUUGCCAUGUUGUUACGUCUCUAGCAGGGAUCAGAGUCCAUUAGCAUGAAGAGUCUUCUAAGGAGAGGGAAGGGGCGUGGGUUUUCAACUCUUCAACUCUCCAUCCCUGCCACUCUUCACUGCUAACGUGGGCCUGAGGUCCUUGCUUGAACUUGCUGUCUACAGCACAAAUUACCCCAGGCUGGCUCCUCUUUGUCUAUUCUCUCAGUGUACAUAAAUGUCGUAUUUGUAGGGAAAACAUGAUGAGAGUUUCCCAUUAUAUGUGUGUAGUCCAUAAUAUUAGAGGAAAGCUUUCCUCAACUGACUCAUGAGAGGACAGCAGACUGGAGUUAUGUCAUUAAACCAGCCUCCUGACUCCCCAGAAUCUGUCGUCAUAAAGUUACAUUGCCACUAUUGUAUUACCUGGGGAAACACGUCAGAGUCACUG